UGCUUGGGCCAAAACUGAAACCGAAUUGGGACCGCAACCCGAUAGAGAAUCGAAUCGAAUGGCCAUGAGAAUGACAAACUAGUGACCGACCGGUUUAUAGAGUGUGUAUCGCAAAACCGUGAUGUUGUGGAAGACAGAGACAGUCCCCAGAGCAGCCCCAGAUCGUCGCUCCGCUUGGGUCCGAUAUCUGCGAUCUCCGACCUGCGACCUACGACCUACCGCCUCCACGAUGCGCCAUCGCCGCCGCCUCCUCCAUUCGUCCAUUCCAAAAUAGAGAAUUAAAAUCGAUUAGAAUCGAAAUGAAAGAAAUGUUAACCAAACUGAUACCCAAACAAAACCAGACGAUGACGAUGGACGAUGAUGAGCUGCUGAGCUGACCAGAGUCAAAAGGUCUGCCCACGCCCCCUGACCAAAGGCGUGGGCCGGCCUCUUGUGUUAGAAUUGUCAAAUUCCUUAUAGCCAUUGUGAGUGUGAGGGCGCGAAUCGAGUCGAGUGUGGUUAGAUGAGAAGCUUGCGUUCGCUUAUUCAGAGAUGAGAUGGUCUUGGCGACAAUGAGAUGAGAUGAUGAUGAGAUAUGAUCAUGAGACGAUGAUCGAUCAAAGACGAUGAUGAUGCUGGUCGCGCGUUCAGUGUCCAGCUUCGGCUUGUGCCUCCGACCUUAGUCCUUCCCCCAAUACUUCCCCGGUACUUGUGGCUUCCGGCUCUGGCUACUGGCUACUGGCUUACGGCUCCGGCUUCUGGCUUCCGGCUGAGACAACUUGACUAGACAACCAACCGGUUGGAGCAGCGAGCAGAGAGCAGCGUCCCUCGAAACGUAUUUCUUAUUUUUGCAGUUCGUUUAUGUGUGUGAGAGAGAGAGGCGCCGAAGCCGCUGGUUGUCCGACGCUGCCCGGCAAACUGCUCCAAAUACUCCGCUCUCCGGCUCUCUGGUGUGGUGGCUCUGGCUAGUGAUCGAUGUCUGCUCUGAUCUGAUCUGACCUCUUCCUGACCGUAUCCGGAGUGGCUCCCUCCAAAAACAAAAACGAAACCGCAACACUUGAAUACUUUACUUGCCAUUUCUAAUAUGAAUCUGUUGUACACGAAAAAAACCAAAAACCAAAAAAACAAAUCCAACCAAACGAAUACCGAACCAAACGAGGUUGGGCCAUCCAUCCGCUCAUCCGCCUGCCUGCUGGCUACUUACUGUUUACUGGCUGCCUGGUUGAGUUAACGAUGUUCGAUCGGACCUUCGAUGAGGUGUCCUUGGUGCUAUUGGCCCACAGUUACUAGGCAGACAAUCUAAACUCUCGGUGUAGAAACGAUGUGUGUGUCCUCCUCUCUCUGAAAGCGCAUUAAGAUCUCAAGGAUUACAUGCGACAAGCAGGCGAGGUGACCUAUGCGGAUGCCCACAAGCAGCGUCGCAAUGAAGGCGUGGUUGAGUUUGCCUCGCUGUCCGACAUGAAGACGGCCAUUGAGAAACUGGAUGAUACCGAACUAAAUGGCAGACGCAUUCACCUGGUUGAGGAUCGACGUGGAGGACGCGGCGGCGGUGGUGGUGGCAGCGGACGUGGACGUUCCCGUUCUUCAAGCUCUCGUUCACGUUCCCGCUCGCGCAGGCGCUCUCGCUCUCGCCGCUCGUCGCAUUCGCGCUCCAAGUCGCGCAGCCGCUCCAAGUCCCGCAGCGGACGCUCCAAGUCCAAGUCGCCGGUCAAGUCGCGUUCUCGCUCCCGAUCACGUUCAAACAAAUCGCGUGAUGUAUCCAAGUCCAAGUCUAAGUCCCACUCCCGCACCCGUUCCCGUUCUCCCAAGCGUGAACGCGAGUCCCGUUCCCGCUCCCGUUCGAUUGUCAAGCGCGAGUCACGUUCCCGCUCUCGCUCCAAGUCGAACCGUCGUGAUUCCCGCUCACGCGAUCGGUCCGCAUCAGCUGAAAACAAGUCCCGUUCCCGCUCCCGCUCCCGCUCGGCCUCGCCCAAAAAUGGAAAUGCCUCGCCGGAACGCAAUAACGAGAGCAUGGACGAUUAGAUUAGUUAGCUGUCCCAUUAAUUUUAACAAAACACUUGAUUUUAGACUUCUACUAUAACACAACUCUACUCUACAAAAAUCAACACUCAGACACCUACUAUAUCAACCCUCUGCCACUUAAACCAAAUCAAAUGCAAAUGAAAAUGAGAAUGAAAAUGAAAAAAAAAAAACAUGUAAAUCCACCAACCAGCCUCGGAAUCUUUAUUUCUACAUAACUAACUAAUUAUGAUUAUUGAUUGGAUAAUCCCAUUUAGGGAUCUGUUGGCCGAGCAACAACAAAACACAUUUAGUAGUUUCGAAGGGGUGGAAUUACUGUGAAACGAGCAAGAGGAGAACCACUUAAAUUGUCUACAAAAUGAGUAAUUUCAAUAAAUACGGAUACAUCUAAAUUA